AUGCACAAAUUACAAAGUGAUAAUCACGCUAUUGUCAUCAAUCCGGAUAAAACACCUGCUGGAGAGCAUAUUCGUAGAUUUAAUGCACCUGUUCUUGACGAUGUCGCUGGAAUCAUGGUUGGCGAUCGUACAGCUAAACGAGAAAUAGUGAUUCGUAGAAGAAAUAAUAAUCUACAGUUCAUUGCUGAUACACACCGUUCAUAUGACGCUCUCCAAUAUCCGCUAAUGUUCUGGAAGGGACAAGACGGGUAUUGCAUAAAUAUUAAACAACGAAAUCCCGCAACAGGUGCCGAAACGAACAAGAAUGUUAGUUCGAAGGACUAUUAUGCGUAUCGGUUGAUGAUUAGACGUGAUCAGGACAACGUUAUUCUACGAUGUCGUGAGCUUUGUCAACAAUUCAUGGUCGACAUGUAUGUAAAGAUAGAGAGCGAACGAUUACGAUACUUGCGAUUUAAUCAAGAAAAGCUGCGUGCGGAAGAAUACAUUCACCUGCGAGACGCUAUUGUCAACAACGCCGAUGCCGCUCAAAUCGGUAAUUCUGUCAUUCUACCAUCAUCAUACAUCGGCAGCCCACGUCAUAUGCAAGAAUACAUACAGGAUGCUCUGACUUACGUGCGCGAAUAUGGGCGGCCGUGUUUAUUUAUCACGUUCACAUGUAAUCCAAAAUGGCCGGAGAUUACAUCUUUACUAUUGCCUGGCCAAAAUGCAGUACAUCGUCAUGACAUUACAGCACGUGUGUUCAAACAAAAAUUGAAGUCUUUGAUAAAUUUCAUUACAAAACUACAUGUAUUCGGUCCCACACGUUGCUGGAUGUAUUCCGUUGAAUGGCAAAAGCGGGGAUUACCUCAUGCCCACAUUUUGGUUUGGUUAAUCGAUAAAAUACGACCUGAAGAAAUCGACAGUAUAAUUUCUGCGGAAAUUCCAGAUCCGUCUACUGAUCAAAUGCUGUUUGAUAUUGUUACAGCAAACAUGAUUCAUGGCCCAUGCGGCAAUCUGAAUCGUACAUCGCCUUGCAUGGUAGAUGGAAAAUGUACCAAAAGUUAUCCGAAAAAUUUCACGAACGAUACGAUCACAAAUGUUGACGGAUACCCCAUAUAUCGUCGAAGAAGUUCCGAUAAUGGCGGGCAAUCAUUUGUUAAAAAUAUAAACAGAGUAGAAAUUGACAUUGAUAACCGUUGGGUGGUCCCAUAUUCGCCUCUGCUGAGCAAAACAUUCAAUGCUCAUAUUAAUGUUGAGUUCUGCAGUUCAGUAAAGAGCAUCAAAUACAUUUGCAAGUAUGUCAAUAAAGGCAGCGAUAUGGCUGUAUUUCGAGUUGACAAUAUCAAUGCGAAUGCUCCUCCGGUGAAUACUAACGAUGAAAUAACGCUUUACCAAAUUGGUCGGUACGUCAGCUCCAAUGAAGCCGGUUGGCGUAUCUUUGGUUUCCCAAUUCAUGAACGGGAUCCAGCAGUUAUUCAUUUGGCCGUCCAUCUUGAAAACGGCCAGCGCGUAUAUUUCACGACCGAGACAGCGAUCGAUCGUGCUAUAAAUCCACCAAAAACAACACUCACUGAAUUUUUUGAAUUGUGCAAUCGUGCGGAUGUUUUUGGUGCGUUUGCACGGACAUUGCUGUAUUCAGAAAUACCACGCUAUUUCACAUGGGCUCCAACAAAAAAAUGGAUGCCCCGCAAGCAAGGCACGCCGAUUGAUGGAUAUCCCGGUUUAUUCAAAUCAAACACCUUGGGGCGAGUAUUUACAGUCAAUCCAAGGCAGACUGAGUGCUUUUAUCUUCGCCUGUUAUUGGUUAAUGUCAUCGGGCCAUUGUCAUUUCAAGAUAUACGGAAAGUGGAUGGACAACAGUAUCCAACGUAUAAAGAUGCAUGCCAUGCACUCGGCUUGCUGGAAGACGACAACCAGUGGGAAUGUAUGCUUGCUGAAGCGGGAUUGAACUGUGCAGCAAAACAAAUUCGUCUACUAUUCGCUAUAGUGUUGACUACAUGUUUCCCGACCCGAGCAGAGACAUUAUGGGACAAUCACAAAGAUUCAAUGACUGAUGAUAUAUUGCAUCAACAUCGUACACGGUGCAACGAUCUAACGAUAGUUUUCAGUGACGCUAUGUACAAUGAAGCAUUGAUUGCUAUUGAGGAUCUUUGCAUUACCAUUGCCAACUUACCACUCAGUCAUUUCGGUAUGCAUUCACCAAAUCGAAAUGCAUCUGAUUUAAUGAACACUGAAUUGAAUCGUGAACUACAAUACAAUACUGCAGAAAUGGCAGCGAUUGUUGCUCGCAAUGUCCCACUAAUGAAUGAAGAACAAAAAACAAUUUACGACCGCAUCAUGCUCGCAGUUUCGGCAGGACAAGGUGGUUUCUUUUUUUUGGAUGCACCAGGUGGAACUGGCAAAACAUUCCUUAUUUCGCUAAUUCUCGCCGAAAUACGAUCAAAUAAUGGCAUUGCAUUGGCUGUUGCAUCAUCUGGCAUUGCGGCAACUUUAUUGGAUGGAGGCAGAACAGCUCAUUCAGUAUUUAAACUGCCGCUAAAUAUUCAAAACAACCCAGACGCAGUGUGCAAUAUAAAAAAACAAUCUUCUAUGGCCACAGUGCUUAAACGUUGUAAAAUUAUCAUCUGGGAUGAAUGCACUAUGGCGCACAAACAUUCGCUUGAGGAGUUGAACAGGUCAUUGAAAGAUAUAAAAAACAACGACAAACUAUUCGGCGGCACUCUGUUACUCCUUUCAGGUGAUUUCAGACAAACACUUCCCGUUAUUCCACGUUCAACAUACGCUGAUGAAAUCAACGCGUGCUUAAAAUCAUCGCCACUGUGGCGUAAUGUUGAAAAAGUACAACUGAAAGUAAAUAUGCGCGUUCAAAUGCUUCAAGAUCCAUCCGCUGAAACAUUUUCAAAACAACUGUUAGAUAUCGGCGAUGGAAAAGUUGCUAGAGAUGAAAGUGGAUGCAUAAAAUUACAGGCUGAUUUCUGCACAGUCAUUGAUUCGCAAGAUGCUCUCAUUGACCAGAUAUUUCCCGAUGUACGCAGACAAUACGCAAAUCAUGGGUGGCUGGCAGAGAGAGCAAUUUUAGCAGCAAAAAAUGUGGACGUCAAUGAAUUGAAUCUUAAGAUUCAACAUUUGUUAUCAGGAGAAUUGGUGUCAUACAAAUCUAUUGAUACAGUUUGCGAUGACACCGAAGCUGUAAAUUUUCCAACAGAGUUUUUAAACUCAUUGGAUUUACCAGGCAUGCCACCGCAUAAUUUACAACUAAAGAUGUGCCAAUACAAUUUAAACGCCUUCAAUUUCCAAUUAGAUUGGCAUUUGCAAUGA